AUGGACGCGAAGUUUUUCGAAUGCAUUGUUUGUUUUGAAGCUUGUCGCGAUUGCAUCAACUGCCUCAAAUGCAACCCGAUUCUUUGCAAGAGUCAUGUUGCGGAGCUUCAUCGUGAUCAAUGCCCGAGUUGUCGAGACGAACCGUUCCAUUACCAAGAAAAUGUUGCCUUGCAACGGAUCAUUUGCCAAAUGAACGCAGCGGCCCGUGUUGCAGCACCGACCGGAGAACCCAGGGAGAAUGUAGCAGCGAGAGUAGAACCAGAGGAGAGCGCGGAAGAACCAGAGGAGGAACCAGAUGCAGAGGAUAGCGCGGAAGAAGCUGCUACCGUCGAACCCGUUGAAACCGCAGAAGAAACCGAAGCAGAGGACAACGACAACAAUGACGACAACGACUCAAUCAGCCGAUAUGGAUCUAAAGUACCACGCCCCCAUCCUUAUGAAGACCAGUACAGGAAGCUUCCAAAUGACGCACACAAGGAAGCCAUGUUGGCCCAUGUGCAUGGCUGUCAGGAUUCCAAAUGUCACACUCUUUGGAGGGGGCCCUGGGGGAGUUUUAUAGGCGGCCGAAAAGGGAAAACACACUUCCACCUCACAAACUGUCCAGCAGGAAAGCGGCUUAAUGAAUUGAUUGGUUGGGACUAUGACGACCCGCAUUGCUAA